GCUUCACCAGAGCGACACGUGCAAGUUGUAACAUUUCUGAGUCGAGGAGGAAGGCUUCAAACUUCAGCUUUUGUACUGUCCCGAUAGGUGUACAGUUCUGAUUUUCUUGUGAAAGGCUUUACCGAAUAACCAGUCAACAUGGUAAAGCCUCAGUUUAAGGGGAAGAACUCGAUAAACCCUUCUUCAUCGAGCUCGAACCCCGAUCGAGCCAAAGGUGCAGGGGGAAACAACAUGAGGGACAGAGCUACCAUUAAGCGUCUGAAUAUGUACAGACAAAAACAAAGAUGUAACAAACGAGGGAAAGUUAUCAAACCUUUACAGUACCAGUCUACAGUAGCACCAGGAACAGUUGCCAGAGUUGAACCCAACAUCAAAUGGUUUACAAACACUCGAGUGAUAAAGCAGUCGGCCCUUCAGAAGUUUCAAGAGGAGAUGGGAGCAGUACAGAAGGAUCCAUACCGUGUGGUGAUGCGGCAAAGCAAACUGCCCAUGUCUCUUUUGCAUGACAGAGCCAAAGCUCAUAACUCUAAGGUGCACAUUCUAGACACUGAGGGAUUUGAGACCACAUUUGGACCUAAGGCUCAGAGGAAGCGGCCCAAUCUCCUGGUUGGAGACGUGAAGGAUCUUGUAGAGAGAGCAGAGGCUUCAGCAUUGAACUACAGCGCCGACAAAGACACGAACCUGGUGACAGAGGACACCGGUGUACGGGAGGAAGUACGUGAGGAGAUUUUCAAAAAGGGUCAAUCGAAGAGGAUCUGGGGAGAACUCUACAAGGUGAUCGACUCGUCUGAUGUCAUAAUCCAAGUGCUGGACGCCCGUGAUCCAAUGGGAACCCGCUCCAAAAGCAUUGAGACAUACCUGAAAAAAGAGAAACCUUGGAAACAUCUCAUCUUUGUAUUAAACAAGUGUGAUCUUAUCCCUACCUGGGUCACGAAACGGUGGGUUGCCGUUCUGUCCCAAGAGUAUCCAACUCUGGCUUUCCAUGCCAGCCUGACCAACUCUUUUGGUAAAGGUUCACUCAUCCAGCUCCUCAGGCAGUUUGGGAAGCUCCACACAGACAAGAAACAGAUUAGUGUGGGUUUCAUUGGCUACCCAAACGUGGGGAAGAGUUCAGUUAUCAACACUCUGCGCUCAAAGAAGGUCUGCAAUGUGGCACCCAUCGCUGGAGAAACAAAGGUGUGGCAGUACAUCACACUAAUGAGGCGCAUCUUCCUCAUCGACUGCCCCGGUGUCGUUUACCCAUCAGAGGACAGCGAGUCUGAUAUAGUCCUAAAGGGAGUGGUUCAAGUGGAGAAGAUCAAAAACCCAGAAGAGCACAUCGGUGCAGUACUGGAACGAGCCAAACCCGAAUACAUCCAGAAGACUUACCGGAUCCCAACAUGGAGUUCUGCCGAUGACUUCCUUGAGAAGCUGGCAUUCCGUACUGGGAAGCUUCUAAAGGGAGGUGAGCCCGAUCUCAGUACGGUCUCCAAAAUGGUGUUAAAUGACUGGCAGAGGGGACGGAUCCCCUUUUUUGUGAAGCCUCCUGGACCAGAGGGAGAUCCAGAAGAUGAAAAACCAUUGCCCCAGGAAGUACCACCGGCUCCAGAGGAUAACGUUCAGGAGGAACAGGCGGAUAAUCUGGACGCCACAUCCGGAGAACAGGAGGAACAGCAGCAGCGGCAGAAGGAACAGGUCCAGAAGAUCCUUGCUAAUGUCCGACAGAACUUUGGCAAGAUCAACGUGGCCCCUGAGUUCACUGAGGAAGAUUUGAUCCCCGUGGAGAUGCCAGACUUAGACUUGUCUGAUUUUUCUGGCUCCGACGUUGACGUUGACGAGGACGUUGACGAAGACGUUGACGAAGACGAGGGAGGCCAGGAAGACGAACCCAUUGCAGAGCCAGCUGAUGGAGAUGCUGAGGUCUCUGAGGACACACCAUCUCAGACUGACGGUACCAAAGGCAAAAAGAGUUUACGGGAGGUCAUCCGUGAGCACGAUGAGAAAAUUGCGAAGUACAAGCAGUUCCUGGACCGAGCCAAAUCCAAGCGCUUCUCUGCAAUCCGAAUACCAAAGGCACUUUCUGACAAAGUGUUUACAGACCUCAAGACCAAACAAGAAGCAGCUAAACAAGCACAGAAGAGAGAGAAUCCGUCAACAGCUACAAACCAGAAGAGCAAGAAGAGGAAACGUGUGGAGGGUGAUAAAUCUAUUCAGCAGCACAGGUUUACAUCUAAACAGAGAAGAGCAAUGGACCGUGCCAAGAAGGGGAAGAAAGUUGGAGUGCGUUACUAUGAAACGCACAAUGUGAAAAACAAGAACAAGAACAGAAAGAUUCCAGCACCGCCUGCAGAAAGUCGUGGGGCUAAAAAAUCAAAGCACUAGACCAGGAAUAAACACAAAACUAUACAUAUUUAAACUGGCCAAAUUGGCUACGUUUUAUUGAAAUGACAAGCUAGGCAAAAACCCGAAGCUAAACAUCGACGUGUCUUUUUUCCAGUGGUCAUGUGAAACUUUAUUUUGACUACUAGCAAAUGGCUGCACCUUGGCCUCUCAACUCUUGAACUGCAUGUAAUUCCUCAUUCACAAGUGAGCUGCUCUCUUGACAUUCAAGAGAAAUGUUCAGUGUGUUAACUGCUUAAAAUAUAGCUGUUGUGCUCUACAAAUAAAAUGCUAAAUUUCC